AUCAUAUUUCAUACACACUCUCUCUCUCUCUCAUCUUUUUUUGUUUUUCUUUCUCUCUCUAUUUCCUGUCGUCAUUACACUUGCCGCCUCUUUCCGUAACCGCCGCCGCCGCCCGUCACUGCCGCGUCUAAGCGUCGCUUUCAAAAUCAUUUCUCUCUUCCGUCUUAAGAUCUGUACGAUUCCAUACCACCGUAUAGUUCCUGGAUUUUAAUUUAAUUUUAUAAUUAAGAUUUGAGGCGCCUCUCUAUUAUUACUGGUGGUUGUCGUCAGUGCUUGCAAAAAUCUGCUGUUUGAAGAAAAGCUUUUUCCACUUUUUUCUCGUUCAGUUUGGAUGGUAGGUUGCUGCAAUGUUGUCAUGAAGGAACACAUGCUACUCAGCAUCCUUUUCAGCUGUAGCUAAUUUGCAAGUUUCUGUUAAAUUUACAAGAUAAUGGAUCGUGCUGAUACAUCUGGAUUUGUUAGCGGGGGUUGUUCUCUACUAGAGACAGCUAACCCUAUUUUUUUAGCUAAUUUUUUUUAACCCCAGAAGUCAGGUGUACUGUUCAAUAGCAUUGGUCUUAGGUUUGGAAAUCGAUUUGGAUUUUAAUCUUUGCUUCAUGGAGGACAAUUUUCGGAACCUGGGUUUCUCCGCCGCCUAUUCGUCAAAUGGGUUCUUAAUUUCGGGAAGUUCAUUGCAAGUUGGAGGACCUGUGGCUGAAUAUUCUGCAGAUACCGUCUUACGUCUUGAUUCUCUUGGUGCUUCAGUCACUUGCACAUCUCCUCAAAAAGGGAUUAAGCGAAAAUGGGAUCUCAUAGAUAGAUCCAUGGGUCGGCAUGUUGGGUCUUCUUUAUCUCUUGGCCUAGGUCGCUCAUCAAGCUCCUCUGACAGCAAGGGCAGUUCAGGAACUGCUUGCACUACAAUGUCUUCCGCCAAAGAAACUGAUGAGGAGUCCUCAAUGGAUUUUCAAUUGGAUUUUGCCCUCCAUCUUGGCAAUGAGAAGUCUAGUCCAAAGAAUUCCUCUAGUUCUAAUCUCAAAAUGCUGGAAUCGCAGCCCAAAGUUGAUCUGGAGUUGAGUCUUUCUACAAAGCCUUCUGAAUCUGAUAUUAUUAGUGUCUAUCCAAGCUCCACCGUGCUGGAUUUUGGCAUGGAUAUUCCACAUAUUAUUGGUGGGGCUUCAAAUGUGGAUGAAGGAUCAAUAUCAUGUGGUUGGAAAACAGGGAUCGCGUUGCUUGCUUCACAGGACAAACAGGCUAGUUUCUUUCUGAAUCAGGUUUCAAAAAUUUGUGAUCCUAUCUCCAUUCCAGACCUCUCAUCAAGUGUGAUAACAGCACCUAUAAGUUCAGUCACCUGCACUUCUGGGAUAACACAUUGGCAACAGCCACAUCAGCGCAGCUCUAGUUCCAAACUGUGUCAGAUUGAGGGAUGUGGCAAGGGAGCCAGAGGUGCUUCUGGCCGUUGUAUUUCUCAUGGUGGUGGUAGAAGGUGCCAAAAACAAGGGUGCCACAAGGGAGCAGAAGGCCGGACGGUGUACUGUAAGGCCCAUGGGGGUGGCCGGCGAUGUGAUUUCCUUGGAUGCACAAAAAGUGCAGAAGGUCGCACUGAUUUUUGUAUUGCUCAUGGUGGUGGGCGAAGAUGCAGUCGUGAGGGUUGCACUCGUGCUGCAAGAGGGAAAUCAGGACUGUGCAUUAGGCAUGGUGGUGGGAAGAGAUGUCAGAAAGAAAAUUGUACAAAAAGUGCAGAAGGUCUAUCUGGCCUCUGCAUUUCUCAUGGAGGUGGUCGCCGAUGCCAAGCUUCAGGGUGUUCAAAAGGGGCUCAAGGCAGCACUAUGUUCUGCAAAGCACAUGGUGGUGGGAAACGCUGCACAACUCCAGGGUGCACUAAGGGUGCUGAAGGGAGUACGCCUUUCUGUAAAGGCCAUGGGGGAGGGAAAAGGUGCGCCUUUCAAGGUGGUGGUGUUUGUACAAAGAGUGUCCAUGGAGGGACUAACUUCUGUGUUGCACAUGGUGGUGGCAAGAGGUGUGCUGUAUCUGAAUGCACUAAGAGUGCAAGAGGGCGAACUGAUUUUUGUGUCCGACAUGGUGGGGGAAAGAGAUGCAAGAAUGAAGGAUGCGGCAAAAGCGCACAGGGUAGCACUGAUUUCUGCAAGGCACAUGGGGGAGGGAAGAGAUGCUCUUGGGGGCAUCCUGGUUCAGAAUAUGGCGUUCAGCCUAGUGGUCCUUGUACUUCAUUUGCAAGGGGUAAGACGGGUCUGUGUGCACUUCAUAGUGGUCUGGUGCAGGAUAAGAGGGUCCAUGGUGGUGCCACCUUGGGACCUAUCAUCCAGGAUACCAAAACUGGCCAGCCUAGGAAGAUGAAAGAACUCGUCAUCGCCGAGGACAUGAAUGAUGAUGUUGUGAAUGUAGGCACUCAAAUUGAGGCUUCAUCAUACAAAACUACUGACAUGGAACAUUUUGGAGGUCCAAAUGCUCAUUUAUCUUCUGGGGAAGCAGGCUUCAGAUCAGUACCAGUCUUUGUGCCAGAAGGCAGGGUCCAUGGUGGCAGUUUGAUGGCAAUGCUGAGUAUUGGCUCGAGCAGCAACCGAGUUGUAGCCGGUAAUCCAUCAGACCCCAGAAUAUCUUACAUGAUGCCGCGGAGCUGGAUGUGAGGUUUCCUUUUCCCUAUGUUCAAUUUGGCGUCUGCAAUUGGAGAAAUAUCUAGAAUUGUCGUGUCCUCUUGUUCUAUUUGGUCUAGUUGUGUCGGUGUUUUCUACUUGUUUCCAUUCAUUUGUUCAGGUGGCAAGAAGUAAACGCUCUUUGACCACCUUGUGCAAUAAUUUGGCUAAAUCGAGUAGGAGUUAGUUAGUUAGUUAGCAUUGUAUCAGGUCUUCUGGUGUUUUUCCUUGUACAUAUCUGCAUAUGUUUUGGCAGGUGGUUGGGUAUGCAGGUUGUUACCUGCAAUGUCGGUCAGUCUGUCAAAAUUCUGGCGAUAAUAAAUCCUGUUUGGGUAUUAUCUUCA